AAUAAAAUUAGAGCAAGAUCGGACAGUAUGCAUUUAAUGGAAAUCAAACACUUGCUUUUAGAGAGUUUCAAAUAUUACUUGGCAAGACAAAAAGCAAGCAAAUCUCCAUCAUCUUCCUUGGUUUUAAUUUUCUCUGCAGCUUCUCCUGUCUCCAUGUUAUUCAGAAAACUAUCAUUGGUCCCAAUUCCAUGGAGAGACCACCACGCCCAUAAAGCAAACAACUUCUCCAAAACCAAAGAAACACAAUAUUAUCACACUCACGCUACCUUCAGAUACGUUCUCCUAAUCUUCCUUUCUUCCUGGUUUCUUACUGCUUGCUUUUUCUUUUCUUCUACUUACAGUCGUAACGAUCACCUGCAUUUCCCCAAUACAGCAACGAAAGAAUUGUUGCCAAUUACCUGUCCAAGUAAUCUCUCAAUCUUUGUAUAUCAACUGCCACCGGAGUUCAACUUGGGUCUCCUCCGCGACUGCACCCACCUCAACGUUUACACUAACAUGUGUCCCCAUGUCGCCAACCACGGCCUUGGCCAGCCGCUUUCCGCCACCGGUGCUUGGUUCGCCACCCACCAGUUUCUUGCCGAGAUGAUAUUCCACGCCCGUGUUGAGAACCACCCAUGUCGCACUUGGGAUCCCGCCCUAGCCAAUCUCUUCUACGUCCCAUUUUAUGGUGGUCUUCAUGCGUCCAGCAAGUUCCGCGAAGCCAAUCACACGGCACGCGAUGAAUUAGCCGUUAGAUUAGUGGAGUACCUGCAAACGCAGCCAUGGUGGCAGAAGCAUCAAGGGAAGGACCAUUUUUUAGCCCUGGGGAGAACCGCAUGGGAUUUCAUGAGGACCACCAAUGGUGGGCCUGACUUCGGAGCCAACUGCCUCCUUAAUCUGCCACCUGUCAAAAACAUGUCGGUGCUGACCGUAGAGAGACAUCCAUGGCAAGGACUCAAUCAAUACGGUUUGCCGUAUCCUUCCUAUUUCCACCCAUCCAAUGUCGUUCAGAUGCGUACGUGGCAGCGGAAAAUGAUUCGAUCAGAGAGGACCCACCUUUUCUCCUUCAUUGGACGACCACGGAAGGGGGUGGAGAAAGCCGCCGUGCGAGACGAGUUAAUAAGGCAAUGUAACGAGUCAACUCGGUGCAACCUCCUGAUAUGUGGCAGCGGUGGCGGUAAAUGCCAUGAACCUUUCGAGGUGCUUAAAGUGUUAAGUCAGUCUCAUUUUUGCUUACAAGCGCCAGGAGACUCGUUCACGAGACGAUCAACGUUCGACUCUGUGCUGGCGGGUUGCAUACCGGUGUUUUUCUCUCCACACACGGCGUACACCCAGUACGGAUGGUAUUUACCGGUGAAUGGUAGUGCGUAUUCGGUUUAUAUAGAUUUAGAUGGGAGUGAGAUGGAGAAAGGAAAAGGGAAGAAGAGUAUAGAGGAAGAGCUAUCGAAGAUAUCAAGCGAUAGAGUGGGGAGAAUGCGUAGAAAAAUAAUAGAGAUGAUGCCAAGAAUAACGUAUGCCCAUCCGAAUUCUAGCGAUGUUGGAUUUGCAGACGCUGUUGAUGUUGCGCUUGAAGCACUCCUCAAGAAUGCUCGCUCCAAAUUAGGACUUGUAUGAACAUUUGUGACGAAAAAACUGCGAAAUAACGCAUUGUAUUUAGGUAGUUGGGAUGUUAAUUAUUUACUCUGCAAGGUUGAUUAAUUUUUUGUAAUAUAAUUGACCGAUUGAAACUCAAAUUUUAUUAAUAAAAAAUAAAAUGCAUUUU